AAAAGAGCUGUGAGAACAGCCCGCUCUUAAUAACUGAAAUAACCGAAGCACAACAGCACGCCAACACACAUCAGCACCAGAAAAGUUUAUAAGAUGCCAACCAUAUUGUCAUCUUCAGUUGAAAUUGAAAACAUGAACAAGGAGGAUAAACCAGUCAAUUCCAGGAAACUAGACAAGUGGCGGUUUCGUCGCCCAUUGACAGACAAACUGAACCCUGGUGAGACUCUGCUGUGGUCCCAGUCACUGGAAAACCUUCUUAGAUCCAAAUAUGGCACGGCCACAUUCCACACGUUCCUCAAAUCUGAGUUCAGCGAUGAGAACAUCGAAUUUUGGCUGGUUUGCGAAGAAUUCAAAAAAAUCAGGAGCUCCUCCAGACUAUCCUCAAGGGCCAAGAAGAUAUUUGAGCAUUACAUCAAGGCAGAAGCUCCCAAAGAGAUAAACAUUGACCACGUCACGAGAGAGCUUAUCAAGCAAAAUGUCCAAGCUCCCACCAGAGUGUGUUUCGAUGAAGCUCAGAGGAUUGUCUACGGGCUUAUGGAGAGGGAUUCCUACCCCAGGUUUCUUCGCUCAGACAUAUACAGAUCACUUCUGGAAUCAGUCUCACAACGGAUUAAGGUGUGAGAACAUCUUAAAUGAGUGACUUUUGGACUCCAAGCACAUCCGUGGGACUAUUGGUGCAAUGGACAAGAUGGCCGUGGAGUAAUCAGGCUGGACUCGGGUUGCACCAGAUCCACAUAUAAGCUUAAAUAAGCUAUUGUUUAUAUGUACUGUAUUACACUGCUCUAUUGUUCUGAGUGGCUGUGGGAUACACAAAGACAAAUGAGCUUUCUGUACAGCUCACCUGUCAUGAACCACAGGAGAUCUGAAACGUGCUGCAACCACAGGAACACCAUAUGGACCCUAUUUAACUUUAUUACCUUGAUGAGUGUCAAAUCUGGUUAGCAUGAGAUGCCUUGGGAAUAAUACUAAUGACAUUUUCGAAACUAACUCUUUAUUAUUAACUUAUAACUCAAUGAGCAUCCACAAUGUCACGUGACAUGAAAUGAUCUGUAAAUAUACAAUGUACAGAGCAAUGUACAGUUUUUUCUGUCCAGUGGGGAACUGAUGGGAUAUUCUCACAAUAAUAUGUAUAACACACCUUGCAAUUUCAGUUUUUCUAAUAAUUCUCAGUUGGAUAUUAUUUCACGAGGUCAACAAGUAAUCAACAAAAGUGUGGCUUGUGCUCCCUGGAUGCAUCGAAUUACCACUGUUUUCUGAAUGGCAAAUUAAGGUGAUGGACUUAAAAAAAAAAAAGUGUGAAAGCUGUUGGGAUGUUUAUUUUUAAGAGCCGUUCAAUAACUUAAUAAACACAACUGCAAAUUUAAA